UUUUCAGAAUUAUGAAAUCUGAAUUCGAGUACAUUCAGUUCAGAGAAAUGUUGCAAUGGGCAACACUAUAUUUUCUCCUUGUAUUUAUAGGGUGAUGAGGAGAGUAGUGAUUACUCGUUAAGCAACUUCUUAUUCAGUAAACUCCUUCCUUCCUGCUUAAUUACUCUUUCAAUGGCUACUUCCAAAACCUUCUCAGAAUCCUCUUCCUCUGCAUCUUCCUCCUCUAAAUCUCAAUGGAAUCGUGACGUGUUUUUGAGUUUUAGAGGAGAAGAAACCCGCAAGAACUUCACCGAUCAUCUCUACGCUGCUUUAACCCAGGCAGGAAUCUCUACGUUUCGAGACAGUGAUGAACUUUCAAGAGGAGAAGAUAUCUCCAUGGCGCUCAUUAAAGCAAUUCAUGAAUCAAGAAUUGCUAUACCAGUCUUCUCUAAAGGCUAUGCUUCCUCUCUAUGGUGCCUUGCUGAACUUGCAGAGAUCAUUAAGUGCAAGAAUACCAUUGGCCAGAUCGUAAUUCCCAUAUUCUACAAUGUUGAUCCCUCAGAUGUUCGGAAACAGACUGGUGGUUUUGGGGAAGCUUUUGAUACAGACGAGGAAUUCAAGAAAGAAAUGGAGGAAGUGAAGAAGUGGAGAGAAGCCCUUACAGAGGCAGCAGAGCUAAGUGGUUGGAACCUCCAGAACAUCGCAGAUGGGUAUGAAUCAAUCUUUAUACAGAAGGUUGUAGAAGAUGUUCUCAGCAAAUUGAAUUACAUUUACCUGAAUGUUGCCAAAUACCCAGUAGGAAUUGAAUCCAGGGUAAAAGAUGUGAUUUUCUUGCUAAGUCUUGAUGCAAAUGUGGGAAUCCGUGGGAUGGGGGGAAUCGGAAAAACGACUAUAGCCAAAGCUGUAUUUAACCAACUUUGUCAUGGAUUUGAAGGUAGCUGCAGUUUUCUUUCUGAUGUUAGAGAAGUCUCAGAGCAGCCUAAUGGUUUAGUUCAAUUACAAAAGCAACUAAUUCAUGAUAUCUUGAAAUUAAAAAAUUUCAAGGUUCCUAAUAUUGACUGUGGAAUCAAUUUGAUUAAAGAAAGGCUUCGUUACAAAAGAGUUCUUAUUGUUCUUGAUGAUUUGGAUCAAUUGAAACAAGUGGAUGCAUUGGUGGGAGAUAGAAAUUGGUUUGGUCCAGGAAGUAGAAUCAUCAUUACAACAAGAGAUGCACAUUUGCUAGAUCAACUCCAUGUGGGGUUGCAAUAUGAGGUCAGAGAACUGAAUCGUGAUGAGUCCCUUCAGCUUUUCAGUUGGCAAGCCUUCAUGCAAACAUUUCCAGUGGAUGAAUAUAUGGAGCUUUCAAAUGAUGUAGUGGAUUAUGUUGGAGGUCUCCCACUAGCCCUUGAAGUUUUAGGUUCUUAUUUGUGCAAAAGAAGCAUACCUGAAUGGAAAAGUGCUGCGGAGAAAUUGAGAAACAUUCCUCACCAUCAUAUUCAGAAAAAGCUUAGAAUAAGUUUUGAUACAUUGGACGAUGAUAAAAUAAAGGAUAUAUUUCUUGAUAUUGCGUGCUUCUUUACCAGUAUGGAUAAAGAUUAUGUAGUAAAAAUACUAGAGGGCUGCGGCUUCUAUCCAGAAAUUGGUAUCAGUAUUCUCAUCGGUAGGUCUCUAUUGACAAUUGAUUCCCGAAAUAAGUUAGUGAUGCAUCAGCUCUUACAAGAUAUGGGAAGGGAGAUCAUCCGAGAAAUAUCACCUAAUCAUCCUGGAAAACGCAGCAGGCUUUGGUUUCAUCAGGAUGUUCUGGAUGUACUCAAACAGCAUAAGGGAACGGAAGCUGUUGAGGGUCUCAUGCUGGAUGCACGAGAAUUGAAAGAUGUAUUUGUGAGCACAGAGUCAUUUUCAAAGAUGAGAAGUUUGAGAUUGCUGCAAAUCAAUGCGGUACAUCUUACUGGACCAUAUGAGAAUAUUUUUUAUGAGUUGAGAUGGCUUCGAUGGCAUGAGUGCCCUUUGAAAUGUAUACCAACUAGUUUACAACUAGGAAACCUUGUUGUUCUUGAAAUGCAGGGCAGCAACAUCAGAGAAUUCUCCAAGGAGAUUAAGGUUCUCGGGAAGCUGCAGAUACUUGAUCUCAGCCAUUCUGUGCACCUUGCUAAGACACCAAACUUCUCAGGAAUCACUAAUUUGGAGAGAUUAAUACUUGAAGGCUGCAGAAGAUUAGUUGAGGUCCACCAAUCUAUUGGACACUUGAAGAGACUUGUUUCCUUGAAUUUGGAGGGCUGCAAGAACCUAAAUAAUCUUCCUGAAAGCAUUUGUUACAUGAAAUCUCUUGAAACUCUGAACAUUGCAGGCUGCUCAAGACUUGGUAGAUUGCCAGAGCACUUGGGGAACAUGGAAGCCUUAACUGAACUUCUCGCAGAGAGAACUGCCAUUAAGCAGCUUCCCUCUUCUAUUGGGCAUUUGAAGAACCUUACAGAAUUAUCAAUGGGUGGAUUGAAAGAUGGCAUACGAUCUAUCUCUUGGUUUCCACAAUUUUCAUCACGGCUUCUGUCUAAGAGUUCAAAAUCCAUAGCUUUUCUGCCACCUUCCUUUGCUGGCUUAAGUUCAUUGACAAGACUAGUUCUUGCUGAUUUUGGUUUAUCUGAAGAUGCAGUUUCCAUUGAUCUUGGGAGAUUAUACUCACUUGUAGACUUGGAUUUAAGAGGGAACAAUUUUUCUAAUUUGCCUUUUGGUAUUAGCCGCCUUCCUAAGCUUAAGACAUUGUGGCUAAAUGACUGCAGAAAUCUCAAAUCAAUCUCAGAUCUUCCAUCAAGUUUAAAGCAGUUGCUUGCAUCUAAUUGUACAUCAAUGGAAAGACUAUCCCUUCAAUCAAAAGAAUUGCUGGGAUUGUCACUAAUUAAUUGCCCAAAACUAGUUGAGAUUCAAGGACUGGAGAGUGUAGAAACUGCACCAAUCAUUCAAAUGCAAGGGUGUAAUGAUUUCAAAUACAACCCUAAUCAAGCUCUUUGGCAGGCAAUGUCCAAGUGUGAGGUUUUAGGCAUUUGUUUCUCCAGCUGUGAGAUACCAGAUUGGUGCAACCAUCAAGGAGAUGGAUCUCUGCUAUCAUUUUAUGUGCCUGAGGUUUCACCAGGCAACAGUAUUGUAGGGGUGAUGGUUUGGAUUGUUUAUGCAAUAACUGAUGUAAGGGAUUUGUAUAAAUUUGCCAAAGUGGUAAUCAGAAGAAAGAGCAAUGAAUCUUAUUCAUUCGAGAUGCCAUUUGUUUUUGGCACAGGUGAGGAUCAAUCUUUUUCUAAAUUUAUACCAUUUCUUAUGCUUCCAUGUGCAGAAGAAGGUGGAGAAGAAUUGCAAUUGUGUGUUCACUCAGUCCCUGCAGGCGCUGUGGUAAAGAAGUGUGCUGUACAUGUUACCAGUGCAGAUUCUGCAGACACAACAAUGCCCAGCAGGGUCAAAACAUUUAUCGGAGCAACUGUUUGAUGAGAGAGGGAGUUCAUAUAUUUUCUUGUUUCAUAUAUUCAUGUCUGUUUUGGUUUGUAAUCCUAUUUGGGGAAAUUAUUUGAUGAACUUGGAGCACUAAAUUUUAGUGUUCUCUGUGCUCACAUAAAUAUGGGCUCUUUCAUAAAUUAUGAAAAGUGAAGGAACACUGCUCCAAGUGUAUUCUAUUAAAUUAAUAUUUAGUUAAUUAAAUCCUUUAAAUUUCAUA